AUGAGUGUUUGCGUCACGGAGAGAGGACUCGUCGUCGGUGGCAAUGACAUGUCCGAAAUUAAUCGCCUUUUUUCGAAUAAAAAUUUCUCAAGACAGAUGCUUCUGAUGAGAGUUUGAACGGUCGUGUAAUAAAGUCACCAACUUUAAACAAUUGUCCUGGCAGGAAAAAAAAAAAUUUUCUUUUUCUCAUUGGGCUUUGGAGAAUGGAGAAACAGUCGCUACCGAAGAAGAAGCCUCGUCGUCAUCUCGGAGAAUCUCAGUCCAUCGUUCCUCCGGUCACCGAUAAUCACUUUCUCCGAUGCGCCGACUUGAUCCUCCCGUGGCUAGACCCUCGAGAGCUCGCCUCCGUCUCUCAAACCUGCAAAGCCCUAUCCUUUAUCUCCAGAUCCCUCACUCUCCUUCGAUCCCUCGACGCCGCACGUUCCCUCGAGCCCCUCCCCGUCCCCUUUCUCAACACCGUCGACUCCAAACGCUACGCCGACUUCCUCUACACGCCUUUCCAGAUUCCCGCCACCUCCUCUCCUCCGCGCCAGUGGUGGGGAGGAGUUAGCGAUGCUCAAAUUAGGUCAGUUUCAGAUUCUGUCUCGGUGAGUGAUGAUAGCUCAUCAAAGUCGAGAACUUGUGUUGAUUCGGUGAACGGACGAUUUGGUGUGAGUCUAGUGGAUAGUGAUAGUAUGUAUGGAUGCGAGUGCGUGAGAUGCGAGGAAGGAUACUGCGAGUGCUUAGCAGGCACUGAGGAGGAGAUAGCUAAUGAAUGUGGAUCGGGUUGUGGAUGCGGGUUGGAUUGUCCAAACCGGGUCACUCAAAAAGGGAUCUCGGUUCGUCUGAAGGUUGUAAGAGACGAGAAGAAAGGUUGGUGCUUGUGCUCUGAUCAGCUCAUCAAGAAAGGCCAAUUCAUCUGCGAAUACGCAGGUGAGCUGUUGACAACAGCUGAAGCACGCAGACGUCAAACCAUCUACGACAAACUCAGGUCGUCAACGGAGCGAUCCUUCUCUUCGGCUCUUCUAGUCAUACGCGAGCACUUACCUUCAGGGCAAGCUUGCUUGAGAUUAAACAUCGACGCCACGGGUAUAGGGAACGUUGCUAGGUUCAUUAACCAUUCUUGCGACGGGGGAAACCUCUCAACUGUAUUACUGAGAAGCGCGGGGGCUUUGCUUCCUCGCCUCUGUUUCUUUGCAGCGAGGGAUGUAGUUGCUGGUGAGGAGUUGAGUUUCAGUUACGGAGAUGUACGUCUCGCUCCCUCCGGGGACAACGAGUUGAGUUGCUCUUGUGGUAGUUCCUGCUGUUUUGGAACAUUGCCUUCUGAGAACACCUGAUCUUAUGUUUAUGUCUAAAUUCAACGAUACAUUUUGACAAAUUAUUGGUUCUUGAGUAAGUACUAAUGUACUCUAUUAACAGCUUUGA